GCCCCGCCCCGUUUCGCCCCACCCGCCCCGCUGCAGCAUAAUGUAAAAAGUGGACGAGCCGGUGGCGGCACAACAACUUCAACCAAUUACUUGUUUUUAUUCCCAGCACUAGCUGCGGUGCGCGGCGUGACGGGCUGGGGCUGACGGCGUCACCUGCUGCUGCUGCUGCUAGCCUCCGGGGGGAGCAUUCCUAUUUACCAGUAUUACUGAGCGCUGAUGCACCCCGGGGGACGUGCGUGCCGGCGGCCGGGGUGCGGGGCGGGUGGAGGGGCUCAUUCCACCCACCCGAGACGUGAGUGCGCAGCCUAGCAGGGCGGGGGGGAUGGGGAGGGGCGGCCCCUGCCGGUGGUGGUGGUGGCGGUGGAUGCGAGCGGCCACUGGGGGAGGCGGCGGUGUUAUCAGCGGGGCAUCAAUACACCCACAAUUAUAAUACAGCGCUGUGUAUUUCCUUUGUGUCAACAGGCUGGUGGUGGCGGAAUAGGAGGACAGGGGCGGUUACCAUGCCAACCAGGUGUAUUUCAGACCAGCAGUUCACCCCUGCGUCCCUGGCUGUGGCUGCUACGUUCCUCGCGCUGAUUGGUCAGGUGGCGUGGAACGCGGCCGCUGAUUGGUCAGGUGACUGGAAACUCGCGCAGGGAUUGGUCAGGUGGUGAUGAUAGUGACUGGAGAUUGGCUGAGGGUAAUGGUGCAGCUGGUUCAAGCUGGGUGGGGGGGCUUGAAGGAGGGCUUGGGGCUGGCUGGCGGGGCUGGGGGCCUCCUCAGCACCCCGCGUCCCUCCACCCCCAGCCCUUACACCACCACGGGCCUCAACGCGCGAGACAGUGCCACGGCCGUCUUCACUGUAGCGUGCGUCUCGUGCCGCCGCCGUGCCCUGCCUUAUUCACAGUUCCGCUAGUGGCUGUGGGCGUGCUGCGGGAGUUGCCAGCCAGCCAGCCCCGUCCCGCCCCGCCCCGCCCCGUGCCGCCCCGAGCCCCAGCCAAGCCAUGACAUCACCUCCCCCGCUACACUCGGAAGCUGUGAGGCGUAGCUGUGAACCAUGAGUUGAUGAGGUGCCAUGAACAGCAAGUUUGAGGUGUGCAGCAGCAGCAACCACAACAACAACAACAACAACAACAACAACAGUAACGGUCUCAGCAGCAAAAAGAUACGAGUCACAACGGGCUGUCUUAAAACUACUACUACUACUACUACUACUACUACUGCUGCUACUACUGCUACUGCUACUACUACUGCUAUCACUAUUACUGCUACUCGUAUUGUCAUUAAGAGCAAAGCAGGGAGUUUCAUCAAUACUAUCAACCCAACUACUACUACUACUGCUACUACUACUACUACUGCUGCUGCUACACCACCACCACCACCACCACCACCCCAAGCCAACACUGCUACAACCACCACUACUACUGCUAUCGCCACCACCACCACUACCGCCACCGCCGCCACCACCACCACCACCACCGCCGCCGCCUCUGCUGAGAAAACAAGUGAUCUCGCCAGCAACGGCAGCGUGAGCCAGUGGUCCGUGGGUGGCGUGGGCGAGCAGUACCCGCAGGGCUACUUCCCCCAGUACCAGUACCCUCAGCAGGCAGUGUACCCUGACCAGUCCUUCUACCACCACCACCAGGUGUACCAGCAGUCCUACUACUUCCAGCCACACCACCAACAACACCACCUACACCAACAUCACCACCACCACCACCACCACCAGCAGUACUCAGGCCAGGUUGCACACGGUGGCGGGCAGCAGGUGCAGCAGUCUUCUCUAGGCCCUGAGCAGCAGCAGGCACAUCAGCAUCAGGCACAGCAGCAGCAGGCACAUCAGCAGCAGGAUCAAGCACAGCAGCAGCAGCAGCAGCAUCAGCAGCAGGGUGCCGAGGGCGGGCAGUGCUGGGAGUGCAGCGCGGUUCUCCAGGAUGCGGCACUCCUGCGUAAUCACGUGGCACUGUUUCACCCCUACGCACAAGUCUUCAGCUGCAGUCUGUGCCCGCAUGUGUUCCCCAGCCACACCCAGCUUGCCCACCACUACACCGCCUCCCACUUGGUAGGCGAGCUCGUCAGCUCCCCGGAGGGCAGCAGCAGCCAGCGCCAGGCCGCGCCAGACGUCAAGGGCGAGACCGAGGCGCCGCCUCACCUCAAGCCCAAGAAGACCCCCGCCAGGAAGCGGCCUAAGGCGCGGCCCGGCCCCGCGGCGGGCAGCGAGGCGCCGCGGCAGGGUGCGGAGGGUGAGCGGUGCUGCGUGCCGUGCCUAGUGAGCAGCUUCCCCAGCCAGGCGGAGUUCGAGGCGCACCACGUGAGCCACGUGCGCGAGCGGAGUGUGCGCGUGCGCCUGAAGCCUCUCACUCGCUACCAGCUGAGGAAGGCCAAGGUCAAGGUGGAGUCAAGGAAGAAGAACUCGUCACUCAAGCUGAAGCUCAAAAUAUCCAAAGUGGGUCGUGGCCGAGGUCGUAAGCGCAGGGAGGUCAAAAUCCUGAGUGAAGAGGGCAUGAGUGACACCCCAAACAGUUUUCAGGACCAAGAAGGACUGGAAGCUGAGCCCCAGGAGGAGUCGGAGGGCAGGGAGGAGGGCGGCGCGGCGGCGGCGGCGGCGACGGCGGCGGAGUGGGAAGAGAGUGGCGGAGACAGCGAGGAGCAGGAGGCCAGCAGGUCCUCUGCUGAGCCCCAGGAGUCAGAGGAGCGGCUGGAGCAAGACUCACUGCCCGGGCAUGACGAGCUGGGGGUGGUCAAGGAGCAGGACGGACAGCAGGAGGACCUCCACUACCCGCAACAGGAACAGGACUACCACCAGCAGGAGCAGGACUACCAGCAGGAAGACCAGGAAUACCAGCAGCAGCAGCAGGAGCAGGAGCAGGAACAGGAACAGGAACAGGAGCAGGAGCAGGAGCAGGAUUACCAGCAGAAUUACCCGCAGGACCUCUCCGAGCACAGUGAGCCGCCGGAGCAGGACAAGGAGGAAGAAGGGUACCGGGAGGGCGGUGAGGGCGGCGAGCAGAGUGACGGCAGCAACAGCGGCUUCAACCCUGAGUUUGGCGAGCAGGAGCUGCAGUACGGCGAGGCGGAGGGCGGCGACGCUCAGCAGGCCUAUCAGCCGCAGUUUGAGUCCUACCCCACCGCUAGCUGGUUCACCGAUUACGAGUCUGGACCGCGGAUAGCUGCGGCCAUGGCGGGCGCCACGGCGACCGAGAAUGCCAGCGACGGGGGAGCCUGGGCCGGGGGGGCGGAGGGCGCCGCAAACCCCUCGUACAGUGGCGGCUCCUCCCCCCAGGACAAGGGUUCCUCCGGGGGCCCGGUGAACGGUGGCACCAGCGAGGGUGACGGCGAGGACGGGCUGUUCAGUCAGGCGGUGUUGGGCCAGGAGUCCCCGGAGAAGAGCGACCGCCAGGGCAGCUUCGAGCAGCUGUGCCUCAACGAUUCCUUCAGCGGCCAGGGCGAGGGCGAGGGCGACGAGGACCCACAGCAGCAGCAGCAGCAGCAGCAGCAGGACCAGCUGUCCUCGUCCCACGAGCAGCAGCAGCAGGGCGCGGGCGUGGCCAGUGACCUGCUGUCAGAGCUGGAGUACUUGAACAACAGCGGGCAGGCCCAGGGCGACCUGCAGCCUGGCUCGCAGCCCGGCUCACAGUCAGGCCAGAUAGAUGGCUCCCCUCACAGCGGCGGCCCCUCCCCUCACAGCGGCGGCCCCUCGCCACACAGCGCUGGUCCCGGCACGCCCUCUCACCUCAGCUCCAGAGGCUCAAACUCCGGCACGCCCACCUCCUCAGGCGGCCACCCCACACCCCCGCCCUCAGACACGUCCUUCAGGGCCCUGGCCACCAGCCCCAUCACCAGCCCCACCCAGCAGCCCACCUCCCCCUCCCUGCACAAGGGCGCCACUCCCCCUGUCACCUCCCCCCUGCAGCAGAUCCACUCCCCGCAGCAGGCUGGAGAGCAGCAGCAGCAGCAGCAGCAGCAACAGCAGCAGGCGGGAUCCGUGCCGCGCCUCACCAUCGCCAACAACCUGAUGGCGUCCACCACCAGCGCCAUCAGCUCCCACCUAUUGGCCUCCACCACCACCACCAGCCAGGCCGGCGUGGGCAUGAUGGGCCGUUACGGGCAGCAAUGGUCCCAGGCGGCGGGCUACACCGGCGCGGCGGGCUACCCAGGCCUGCCCGGCACCACCAUCGCCAGCACCAACAUGCCAGGCCCGCUGCGUGCCCCUCUGCCCCCCAACGUGGGCAUGCAGUACCGCCCCAGCCCGCCCCCGCGUGUGCGGGGCAGACCACCCCUUAUCGGGCACGUGGGACGUCCCCCACUCCACCAAGCAGCCCAUCUGCAGCCCACCCGAGGCCCAGGCCGACCCCCGGCCUCCUCCAUCUUGCCACCGCCCCUAAUGCCAGCCCCAGGGGGUCGGGGAGGCAUGAUGCCGCCUCUGCAACGCAUGCACCAGCCCAUGUACCCCGGCCAGCGCCCCGCCGCCCCGCAGCAGCAGAGUGCCGCGGGUAAGAGACAGAUGUUGGGCGCGGCGGGGCAUUCGCCCAGCAAGACGGCGCGGCGCGAGGAUAUAAACGUGCCCUCGCGCCAGAAGGACAACGAGUGUCAGAUCAUCGCCGUGGCCAACAGGAGCGACGGUCUGCCCGUCAUCUCCAACGUGCAGGGAGGCUCCGCUGCCCCUGCCCCACAGCGCGGCUCCGGCUCCGGCUCCGUGCCCGCCACCACCGAGUCAACCAUCAACCUCAGCGACUCCAUCACGCUCAGUGUCCGCGCCUCGGCGGGUGGCAAGGACGGCGGUGGGAGGGGGGAGCGCGGCGGCCCCGAGGCGGGAGCCGUGGCCAACCUGCUGGCCUCGAGGGGCAUCACCGUCACCCCAGCUGCUGGUGAGCGGCAGGAUGGCGGCAGUGGGCGUGACGACCGGCGGCUGCCCACGGCCCAAGAGCUGAACUUGUCCUCCGCCAUCUCGGUGCACCCGCCCACGCAGCGGGAGCGCGAGGGCAGCGGCCGCGAGAGGGACAGGGAUGGGUUUGCGGUGCCCCAGGCGCCACCCACGCGGAGCAGCGUGUCCAACAGCAACGUGGAGCGGCCGCCGCGGCCCCCUACCGUGGAUCUGACGCAGGACGUGCCCGCCUCGGGGGCGCAGGGCACCAGGCACAAAUGUCACCAGUGUGACCGCAGCUUCCCCACGGCCAGCCUGCUGGCGGACCAUAGUCGCGUGCACCAGCAGCAGCAGCAGUCCAGGAUGCCCUUCAAGUGCCACCUGUGCACAGCGGGCUUCUCCACGCAGAAGGGGCAGCAACACCACUACCAGCAGUUCCACCAGCUGCACCUGUCUGCCGGGGACGUGGCCAUCCCGCUGGUGGACUUGCGCAGCCCCGUCAACGUGCAGCGCAUGGCGGCGCUCGGCAUCCGCUCCUUCCUACCGCUCACUAACUUGCAGAACCGCGGCGCCGGAGGCGUGGUGGGCGUGCCCAUCCUCACCUUGGAGAACCUGCGCAACGGACACAUGACGCUGCAGCAGUGGGGCGUCAGCGACGUGCUGUCCCUCGGCCCUGCCAAGACCCUUAACAUGCCGCGGUAAUCACGGCCGCCGCGGCACCACGCAUGGGGGGCGGGAGCGGGGCCGGGGGCAGGGCAUUAGGGCGCGCGCCCCAGAAGGUACAAAGCGGCGUGUACUGGAGACUCACCGUCUGUAUACGAAGGCGUCCUGGCGCGGAGCAAGGCGCGAGGCGAGGCGAGGCGGAGCUUUGGUUCACCUUAUCGUGCUGAGUUAGUUCUCAGUCUUGUUUGCAUUAUUGUGAAAACGGACGACACACCUUAUAUUUAUUUCCUAGAGUACGCCACGCUACCAUAAUUACAUGUUGUGUUAAUGCAGACAGUACAGUAUUGUGAGUACUUUGAAGUAAGGACAGUGCUAGUAACGGACACACACACCCGGAAAACACAUUCCUUUCAACAAACAAACUAAAUGGCAGUAAGGAAACUUUUUGCCGCCACCAGAACAUGAAGGUGCUCUGAGCAGAGCAGAAAGACGGACGGACGGACGGACAGUGUUGUUCUUUUAGUUGUGUCAUUUCACGGAUUUUCACGGAAUACUUUGAUUUUGUAAACUAAUGUACAAAUAUUUGUAUAUAGUUUUAUAUAUUUUCUAUAAAUGUGAAAUAAAUUAGAAUCUGA